AUGUCGCAAGCUUCGCGCCGGAGGCGGGGAAGGCCCCCUCUGAGAAGUGUUUUGGCAGGUCCAUGGCGUGGGAUGAAGGAGGGAUCGCCAGGGGUAAUUGGUUGGGGAGGCUCGGAUGAUAGCGAGAAUCCUCAAAAUUGGACCGUCACCAAAAAGGUCUUAGUCACUCUACUUAUCUGCCUUCUAACAUUUUCUAUCUAUAUUGGUUCCGCUAUCUACACACCUGGAAUCCCGGGUGUGGCUGUGCAAUUUGGUGUGAGUAGGGAAGCUGGAAUUCUCGGUCUGACAUUAUUUGUGCUCGGAUACGGACUGGGCCCCAUGGUCUGGGCACCAAUAUCAGAACUUCCCGCCGUGGGACGAAGUCCGGUAUAUGUUGCAACACUAACUGUGUUCGUUUUCUUUCAAUUCGCAGUGAUCUACGCGAAGAACUUUGGCAUGCUCCUAGCAUUUCGAUUCUUAACUGGUUUCCUAGGCUCGCCCGUUCUUGCGACAGGUGGAGCCUCCAUUGGAGAUAUGUGGGACCCCAGCACCCGCGACUAUAUGAUUGCGAUCUGGGCAAGCUUUGCCAUUGCUGCUCCUGUGCUGGGCCCUCUCGUGGGAGGGUUCGCCGCCUCCGCCAAGGGCUGGACAUGGACUAUCUGGGAACUGCUUUGGUUAUCCGGCUUUGCCCUGGUGCUUCUCUUCUUCUUUCUGCCCGAGACAUUUGCCCCAAACAUCCUCAGCCGUCGAGCACGGCGUAUUCGCCGGAUCACGAACGAUCAGAAAUAUGCGUCCGAGGCCGAGAUUGAGAUUGCUCGGGUGGCUUCCAGGGAUGUGCUCUUUGAAUCCCUCGUCCGUCCAUUUGUGCUUUGCUUCCUCGAACCUAUUGUCCUUCUAAUGAACCUUUACAUCGCCCUCAUCUACGGAAUUUUGUAUAUUUUUUUCGAAGCCUUUCCAAUCGUCUUUGAAGAGAAACACGGUUUUAAUUCAGGACAAAACGGUCUGGCAUUCCUAGGCAUUCUGAUAGGGGCUGUUUGCAUUGCUCUUCCAGGGUACUUCUAUUGGAAAUUUAGCUGGCAAUCCAAACAUAUCGGCCCAGACGGCCAUCUUUCACCGGAAGAACACCUUCCUCCAGCGUGUUUGGGAGCUGUGUGUCUCCCAAUAUCCCUUUUCUGGUUUGGGUGGACCGGAAACUUCGCAAGCGUCCAUUGGAUUGUGCCGAUCAUUGCUUCUGGUCUGUUUGCUAUUGGAGGAUACCUUAUCUUCAAUAGCAUUUUCUGUUACGAGGCACAGGCGUAUCCGAAAUACGCAGCCUCAGUCCUUGCUGGAAACGACUUCUUACGAUCAUCUUUCGGCGGUGGCUUUCCCCUAUUUGCGAGCCAGAUGUUCCAUAAUCUGGGUGUAGGCUGGGCUUGUGUAUUGCUUGGUUGUUUGACCGUGGUGUUCAUGCCUUAUCCUUUUCUGCUGUACAUGUUCGGGGAGCGGAUCCGGAUGAAGAGCAAAUAUGCCCAGCACGGUAAUUAG